GCAGUGGUGUUGGCGAUGCCGUCGUCGCACAUUCGUUUUUGACUCGCCGUUGAUCGCGGAUCGUGGCGACAGCUAGUAGCGGCAGUCGCCGUCGCACGUCGUCGUUUGGGCUCGGUCGGAGAUUAUCGGUUGCGUGUCGCGAUACGCGUGGUACAAAACGGGAUAGUUUUGUUGUAGUAGCGAGGAGAGACGGACGGAGGACGCUGGUUUGGUGCGUGAGGAAAAUAAAAUUUAAGGGCACGGAGAGAGAACGCAAAGAGGAAAACGAGAGAAGAGAAGAAGCAGCAACGGCCGCAGCAGCAGCAGCAGCAGCUUUGCCGCGUCGUGUGUGCGCUAAACAAAGAUGGCGGACUUGGACUCGAGGGUAGACCGGUCCGAUCCUGAACUGCGCUUCUUGUCGGUGGACAGGAACAGUUUCAACGAUCCGGCCACUCAAGCGGAAUGGACGCAAAAGAAGCUGGUUUGGGUGCCGCACGAGACCCAGGGCUUCGUCGCCGCUGGCAUCAAGGGCGAGCGCGGCGACGAGGUCGAGGUGGAGAUCGCCGAGACCGGCAAACGUGUGCUCGUCGCGAAGGACGACAUACAGAAGAUGAAUCCGCCCAAAUUUGACAAGGUCGAGGACAUGGCGGAGCUCACCUGCUUGAACGAGGCCUCCGUUCUGCAUAACCUCAAGGACCGGUACUAUUCCGGACUGAUUUACACAUAUUCUGGCCUCUUCUGCGUCGUAGUAAACCCCUACAAGAGACUGCCAAUAUACACAGAAAAGAUCAUGGAAAGGUACAAAGGUAUCAAGAGACACGAGGUGCCGCCGCACGUUUUUGCUAUUACCGAUACGGCUUAUCGUUCAAUGUUGCAAGAUCGCGAAGACCAGUCGAUUUUGUGCACUGGCGAGUCCGGAGCCGGCAAAACCGAAAACACGAAGAAAGUGAUUCAAUAUUUGGCCUACGUGGCCGCGUCGAAACCCAAGUCCAACGCGACUCCGAGCCCGGCAUUAAUCAUAGGUGAGCUCGAGCAACAGCUUCUUCAGGCAAAUCCAAUUUUAGAAGCUUUUGGCAAUGCGAAAACAGUGAAGAACGAUAAUUCGUCUCGCUUCGGUAAAUUUAUAAGAAUAAAUUUCGACGCGUCUGGUUACAUAGCUGGCGCAAAUAUCGAGACAUAUCUGUUAGAAAAAUCCAGAGCCAUACGGCAAGCGAAAGAUGAACGAACUUUCCACAUAUUCUAUCAACUUUUAGCGGGUGCCUCGCCGGAACAAAAGAAGGAAUUUAUACUGGAAGAUCCGAAGCACUAUCCCUUCCUGUCGAACGGAGCUCUGCCUGUUCCAGGCGUUGACGAUACCGCCGAAUUUUUCUCCACUGUAAAAUCGAUGCACAUCAUGGGCAUGACCAACGAGGAUUUCUCUUCCAUCUUCCGUAUCGUUUCCGCCGUGAUGUUGUUCGGAUCGAUGCAGUUCCGUCAGGAGCGGAAUUCUGAUCAAGCAACGUUACCUGACAACACAGUGGCGCAGAAGAUCUCUCAUCUGUUAGGUCUGAGCGUAACAGAAAUGACAAAGGCUUUCUUAAAGCCGCGCAUUAAAGUCGGUCGCGAUUUCGUGACAAAAGCGCAAACAAAGGAGCAAGUAGAAUUCGCCGUGGAGGCGAUUUCGAAAGCCUGCUACGAGAGAAUGUUCCGUUGGUUGGUGAACAGAAUCAACAGAUCCCUGGACAGAACAAAGAGACAGGGUGCCAGUUUUAUUGGUAUACUCGAUAUGGCUGGUUUUGAGAUAUUCGAGUUAAACUCUUUCGAGCAGUUGUGCAUCAAUUACACAAACGAGAAGCUGCAACAAUUGUUCAAUCACACGAUGUUCAUUUUGGAGCAGGAAGAAUAUCAGCGUGAGGGUAUCGAGUGGAAGUUCAUUGAUUUCGGUUUGGAUCUACAACCGACGAUCGAUUUGAUCGAUAAACCGAUGGGUAUUAUGGCACUUUUGGAUGAGGAAUGUUGGUUCCCCAAAGCAACGGACAAAACGUUUGUUGAAAAGCUAGUGGGCGCUCACAGCGUUCAUCCUAAGUUUAUGAAGACCGACUUUCGCGGUGUGGCCGAUUUCGCGAUCAUUCACUACGCCGGCAAAGUGGAUUAUUCCGCUGCCAAGUGGUUGAUGAAGAAUAUGGAUCCGUUGAACGAAAACGUUGUCAGUCUGCUACAAGCCUCGCAAGAUCCGUUCGUGUGUCACAUCUGGAAAGACGCCGAGAUCGUUGGCAUGGCACAACAAGCGCUCACGGACACUCAGUUCGGUGCGAGAACGAGAAAAGGUAUGUUCAGAACGGUUUCACAACUGUACAAGGAACAGCUGGCCAAGCUGAUGGAGACGCUGCGCAACACAAAUCCAAACUUCGUCAGAUGUAUAAUUCCGAAUCAUGAGAAGAGAGCCGGUAAAAUUGACGCUCCGCUCGUGCUGGACCAGCUGCGGUGCAACGGAGUGUUGGAGGGUAUCCGCAUCUGCCGGCAAGGCUUUCCGAACAGAAUACCUUUUCAAGAAUUUAGGCAGCGUUAUGAGCUUCUUACUCCAAAUGCCAUUCCCAAGGGAUUUAUGGAUGGGAAGAAGGCUUGUGAAAAGAUGAUUCAAGCAUUGGAGUUGGAUCCGAAUCUUUAUCGCGUUGGACAAUCCAAGAUCUUCUUCCGUGCUGGAGUGUUGGCACAUCUCGAGGAAGAGAGAGACUACAAAAUUACGGAUAUAAUAGUCAAUUUCCAGGCUUUCUGCCGUGGAUUUUUGGCUAGACGUAAUUAUCAGAAACGUCUGCAGCAACUUAACGCAAUCCGCAUUAUUCAGAGGAACUGCGCGGCCUAUCUGAAGCUGCGCAACUGGCAAUGGUGGCGACUAUAUACGAAAGUAAAACCUUUGCUGGAGGUCACCAAGCAAGAGGAAAAGCUCACGCAAAAAGAGGAUGAAUUAAAGCAGCUUCGUGACAAGUUGGAUCUACAGCUGCGUCUAGCUCAGGAAUACGAACGCAAAUAUCAGCAGUCGAUGGAAGAGAAAACCAUGUUGGCCGAGCAACUGCAAGCGGAAGUCGAGCUCUGUGCGGAAGCCGAGGAGAGUCGAGCUAGGCUGGCCGCGAGAAAGCAAGAACAGGAAGAAGUUUUGCACGAUAUGGAAGCGCGUCUCGAAGAAGAAGAAGAGAGAAGCGCCGCAUUGACUCAAGAAAAGAAGAAGUUACAAUUGAAUAUUAGCGAUUUGGAAGAGCAAUUAGAAGAAGAAGAAGCUGCCAGGCAGAAACUUCAAUUAGAAAAGGUCCAAUGCGACGCAAAAAUCAAGAAAUUAGAGGAAGAUCUCGCUCUCUCGGAAGAUACGAAUCAAAAAUUACUGAAAGAGAAGAAAAUUCUUGAAGAGCGCGCCAACGAUCUUUCACAAACUUUGGCGGAAGAAGAAGAGAAGGCAAAACACUUGUCAAAAUUGAAAGCCAAGCACGAAGCUACAAUAGUCGAACUUGAAGAAAGGCUUUUCAAAGAUCAUCAACAGCGGCAAGAAGUAGAUAGAUCCAAGAGAAAGGUCGAGACUGAGGUUUCGGAUCUGAAGGAGCAAUUGGCCGAGAGGAAAACGCAAGUCGAGGAACUGCAACUCCAACUUGGCAAACGUGAGGAAGAACUCAAUCAAAUCAUGGCAAAGAUGGAUGAGGAAGGUGCUGCGAAGGUUCAAGCUCAGAAGGCGCUCAGAGAAUUAGAAUCGCAAUUGGCUGAACUUCAGGAAGAUUUGGAGGCCGAAAAAGCAGCCAGAGGAAAAGCAGAGAAACAGAAGCGCGAUCUGAACGAGGAACUCGAGGCGCUGAAGAACGAAUUGUUGGAUUCUUUGGACACUACUGCUGCUCAACAGGAGUUGAGAAGCAAGCGAGAACAAGAACUUGCGACGUUGAAAAAGAAUCUUGAAGAAGAGACAUCGCAACACGAAGGCACACUCGCCGAUAUGCGUCACAAACACACACAAGAAUUGACUUCUCUGAACGAACAGAUGGACGCCUUGAAAAAGACAAAAGCAACUCUGGAGAAGGCGAAAGGAUCUUUAGAAGCCGAGAAUGCCGAUUUAGCUACCGAAUUAAGAUCAGUCAGUGCGAGCAGACAAGAAUCUGAUCGUCGUCGUAAACAGGCAGAGCAACAGCUGGCAGAAAUUAACGCCAAACUAGCCGAAGUAGAGCGAAAUAAACAGGAACUGGUUGAAAAGGUGACGAAAUUGCAACAAGAGGCGGAGAAUGUAAUGCAACAAUUGGAACAUGCCGAACUGAAAGCAUCUGCGGCCUUGAAAGCAUCGACUACUUGCGAGUCUCAAUUUACCGAGCUUCAACAGCAAUUGGAAGAGGAAACCCGGCAGAAACUGGCUCUCAGUUCUAAGCUGCGUGCAUUGGAGAGUGAGAAGGAAAGUCUGCAUGACCAACUCGAAGAGGAGGAGGAAGCAAAGCGUGCCUUGGACAAGCAAGUGUUGAGUUUGAACAUACAAUUAGCUGAAGCCAAGAAACGUACCGAAGAAGAAGCAGAAGCGACUGCUGCUUUGGAAGAGGCCAGAAAGCGUUGCAUGAAAGAUAUCGAGGCUUUUCAGCGACAAGUUGAGGAAUUACAAGCAGCCAACGAUAAACUAGAUAAAUCGAAGAAGAAAAUUCAGGCGGAAUUGGAAGAUAGCAUCAUCGAACUGGAGGCUCAGCGAGCAAAAGUUCUCGAAUUGGAAAAGAAGCAGAAAAACUUUGACAAGAUGCUGGCCGAAGAAAAGGCCGUAUCUGAGCAAUACGCGGAGCAACGAGAUGCUGCGGAAAGAGAAGCACGUGAGAAGGAGACAAGAGUGUUGUCGUUGACUCGCGAAUUGGACGAACUUAGUGAGAAAGUUGAUGAACUAGAACGAAGCCGUCGAGGCCUACAAUCAGAACUGGACGAAUUGGUUAAUAAUCAAGGCACCGCUGACAAGAAUGUGCACGAGUUGGAAAAAGCGAAACGUGCGCUGGAACAACAACUGGACGAACAAAAAUCGCAAGUGGAAGAAUUGGAGGACGAGCUGCAGUUCACGGAAGAUGCCAAACUGCGAUUGGAGGUAAACAUGCAAGCGUUGCGUGCACAGUUCGAACGUGAUCUUCAAACGAAGGAAGAGCAAGCGGAAGAGAAACGUCGAGGAUUGGUGAAGCAGCUCCGUGAUCUCGAAGCGGAACUCGAGGACGAGAGGAAACAACGCGCUGCUGCUAUCGCGGCGCGUAAGAAGAUGGAAGCUGAUUAUAAGGAUGUAGAGCAACAGUUGGAAAUGCAUAAUAAAGUAAAAGAAGACGCGCUUAAACAACUAAAGAAACUUCAAGCACAGAUUAAGGAUUGCACCAGAGAGACGGAGGAAGCUAGGGCCGCCAGAGACGAGCUAGCAGCUGCUUCUAAAGAAACCGAGAGAAAAGUUAAGAGCUUAGAGGCCGACUUGUUGCAGUUGACAGAAGAUCUUGCCAGCAGUGAACGUGCCAGAAGAAUCGCCGAAAAUGAAAGAGAUGAGCUGCAGGAAGAGAUCAACAACAACGCCAACAAAAUUACCUUAAUGUUAGACGAGAAACGCAGACUAGAGGCAAGAAUCGCUACUCUGGAAGAGGAAUUAGAAGAAGAGCAAUCGAAUGCUGACGCCGUGAACGAACGUGUCAAGAGGCUCGCGAGCCAGGUCGAGCAAUCGCAAGCAGAAGCGACGGCCGAGCGAUCAAUUAUGCAAAAAUUGGAAUCACAAAAGAUGCUGUUGGAAAGACAAAACAAAGAGCUCAAAGCCAAGUUGACCGAGCUAGAAACUGCCCAGCGCGCUAAAACUAAGGCUACGAUACAACAGUUGGAAUCCAAGAUCAAUAAUCUUGACGAGCAACUCGAGAACGAAGCUAAGGAAAGAUUCGCUCAACAAAAGAUCAAUCGUAAACUGGAAAAGAAAUUGAAGGAACUGACUCUACAGUUGGAUGACGAGAGACGAAACUCCGAUCAAUAUAAAGAACAAGCAGAAAAAGUCAAUGCCAGGAUGAAGGCGUUGAAGAGACAGUUGGACGAGGCAGAAGAGGAGAUCAGUAGGCACAAGACCAUGAAGCGGAAAGCGCAGAGAGAAAUGGACGACAUGAUUGAAUCUCACGAAGAGCUCACGCGGGAACUAACACAUCUAAAGAACAAAUUAAGGCCGUACGUAUCUGUAACCUUAGGCGAACGUAAUGAGGCAGUAUUAAAGUAGUGUUUUAUCUUUGAAGGAAGUGAUCAACUUCUGAACAUGUGUAGGUGUCAAGAGAGAAAAAACGAUUGGUAUCCUACCUGAGAGAGUUUUUUGCUAGGAAACAAUCCCAUUACUGUCCCCAGUGUGCUACAGUGAGUUAAACGAGCUCUUUUGGUUAAUUUGAAACCGCUAACCCCGAAAGUAAUAAUCAACUUGGAUUACUACCUUGUGUGAUACCGACAUAUGUACUUCACCUCUGGCAUCCCUUUGAAUGCAGUUGUUUGCGAAUGUGUUUUUCUUUCUUUUUUUUUUCUUUUUUUUAUUUUUUUUUAUCGUUUGUUCGCAAUACGUACCAUUGGUCAAUAAUUCGACAAUGUGCUUUCUAGGAAAUAUAUUAGCCUUCAAUUCGAAUAAAUUUACGGUUUUUUUAAUUUUUAUUUUAAAGAAACGAUUGAUCGUGUAUGGUUUUCCAACGAUUACGCACACGAAAUGACCGACAACAAAUCUUAUCGCCUAAUUA